AUGAAUUAAUCUUAAUAUGGAGCCUUUGGUAUAAGUGGUAAUAAUUUCAAUCAAGCAGGUGGUAAGCCUCCUGUAAAUAAUUAUAAUUUCGAGAAUGUUAGAGUACAAUAUUAUUUAUAUCAAUAUAUAGGCAUAAUAACCUGCACCAGGUGGACCAUAACCAUCUAGAGGAAAACCACUUGGAACAGCUGCUAGAUAACCUUAAGCAGAAGCUAGACCUAUGACAUCAAAUAGAGGAGCUAAUUUUGGAUAGAAAAAGGAUCCAUUCAAUUCUACUCAAAAUCAAAUUAAUUUGAAUAAACCAAAACUUGAAACUAAUCCUGAAGAGUAAUUUAAAACUAUUGAAAAAGAGAUUAAUACUUUAAUAGAAUAAAGUGCUAUGUCUAAAUUAAGAGGCAAUCUCUCUGAAUGUUUAGAAAAGGCCAAAGAAGCAUUCAAUAAAGAAAAAAAAUUAAGACAAUCAAAAGAAGCACAAAAUUUAGCAGAAUCCAUUAAUACUGAUCUUAGUUAUUGUGCAGCUUUAACUUAAGCUUGUGCUUUACAUGCUAAUGGACUUCAUUCUGAUGCUUUAGCAAAAUACUAAGAAAUAAUUAAAUGUAAACAAUAUCCUUAAGCGGGAAGAUUGAGAGUUAAUAUGGGAAAUAUUUAUUUUGAAUAGAAAAAAUACACUACUGCCAUUAAAAUGUAUAAAAUGGCAUUAGAUUUAAUUCCUGCCACAUCUAAAGAAAUGAGAUUCAAAAUUUAAAAAAACAUUGGUCAUGCUUAAGUAAGAUUAGGUAAAGAAAAAAUUAAAGAGGCUAUUACUACUUAUGAAUAAAUACUCAAAAGCUCUCCUGACUUCCCUACUGGUUUUAAUCUUAUGAUUUGUUUAUAUUUGAGUGGAAAUAAGAAUAAAAUGAAAGAUUAUUUUGUUACCCUAUUAACUAUUGAAAUCCCAGGGGAAAGUGAGGAAGAAAAUAAUGAAAACAAGGGUACAACAAUUACUGAUAAAUUAAGAGAAGAUACUAAAGAAAGAAGAAGAGAAGCUAUAUACUACAUUGCUACUUCUGCUAAAUUAAUUGCUCCUUUAAUAGAAGAAGAUAUAAUUGUUGGAUAUGAGUGGAUUCUAGAAUAACUUAAGAAUUCAACUUUCCCUGAAGCUGAAACUGAAAUUGAAAUAUGUAAAGCCAUGGCUUAUUUAAAAAAAAAGAAUAUUGAAAAAUCUAUUGAAACACUUAAAGGAUUUGAAAAAAAAGAUAAAUAAAUCAUGGCUCGUAUUGCUACGAAUAUUUCAUUUCUAUAUUUCCUAGAAAAUGAUUAUAAGCAAGCUGAAAAAUAUGCUGAAAUUGCUAUUACAUAUGAUCGAUACAAUGCUAAGGCUUUAGUAAACAGAGGAAAUUGCUUAUAUGUUAAAAACGAAUUCUUAAGAGCUAAAGAAUAAUAUUUAGAAGCUAUAGGUGUUGAAGCAGAUUGCAUUGAAGCACUUUAUAAUUUAGCUUACGUAAAUAGAAAAUUAAAUAUGUUUGUUGAAUCUUUAUAAGCUUUAGAUAAAUUAUAAACUAUUGUAUGUAUCCCUGAGGUUUUGUACUAAAUGGCAACAUUAUAUGAAAUGACAGGAAAUUCAAAAUAAGCUAUGAAAUGGUAUUUAGAAUUAUUGAAUAAAGUACCAAAUGAUCCAAAUAUUCUAGCAAGAUUAGGAUCUUUAUUUGCAAGAGUAAUUAUAAUAGUAUAUUAUAAUAGGAAGAUGAUGAACCACAAGCAUUGCAUUAUUUUUAGGAAUCAUACAGAAUAUUACCUACAAAUAUUGAUACAAUAUCAUGGCUAGGAGUGUAUUAUGUUAAAUAAGAAAUGUAUGAGAAAUCAAGCAUGUAUUUUGAGAGAGCAGCAUAAGUAUAGACAAGAGAUGUGAAAUGGAAAUUAAUGGUUGCUAGUUGUUAUAGAAGAAUGGGACAUUUUUAAAAAGCAUUAGGAAACUAUUAGAAAAUCUAUUCUGAUUACCCAGAUAAUAUUGAAUGUAUCAAUUAUUAUUAUCAUUACUAUAGGUCUAAGAUUUUUAGUUUAAUUAUGUAGAGAAAUGGGAUUACCAUAUGAAGAGUAUGCAGGAUAAUUAAGAAAAUUAGAAAGAGAAAUGGAAAUGAUGGAAGGAUAUCAAGGUCAAGAUAUUAAUUUAAUUAAUAAUGAAGAGGAAUAAGUUAGGUUACCUUAAGGUGAUGAUAACCCUGUUAGUUUCACCAAUAACACAAGGUAAUUAUUAAUAAUUUAUAAUUUCUAUAGAAGAGGUAAUAAAUAGCCACCUCCUAAAACCAAUAUGAGAUAAAAUAUCGAUGAUGAACAAUUCUAAGAUGGGGUAGAAGAUAACUUUUUACCUUGAU